ACUGAUAAGAGAAAUAACAGUUGGGUAAGUAUAAAAGGAACCCCGACAUGAGUUUCGAACACAUUGCAACUGAAGUGUGAAUCUUCAUCGACUUAGCUUUACAAAGCUCAUCAACAGCCAUGCUUUCAGUUAUUUUUCUCGCCUUUGCUUUUGUUGCAGCAAAUGCACAAGGACCGAUUCCGGAUUAUCGUAUCAAUCCCUACUAUGACGAGAGUCCCAAACCAUACGCUUUCAACUAUAAUGCCUUGUUGGACGAUGGAGUGGGACAGAGCUCCAGAACUGAAACUGCAGAUGGAUCCGGUAGAGUCCAGGGUUCCUACACACUGAACAAUGACGAAGGCCACUCAAGAGUUGUUGAAUAUGUAGCUGAUCAAAAUGGCUUCAGGGCUGUCGUCCGAACCAACGAACCAGGCACAGAUAAUCAGAAUCCCGCUGAUGUCGUAGUAGAAUCUGCUGCUGCACCAGUCCAGUAUGCACCAGUGAUUCGUAAACCUAUUCUAAAUGCUCCAGUGCUCGCACCAGUAGUGGAACCAGCUGUUGUCCCUGCAGUUGUACCAGUACCAGUCCGUCCAGUGUAUCGUCGACCUGCAACCAUUCCUGUUAGAAAUUACGCUUACAGAAGACCUUAUUAGGAUAUGUCCGUGAACAGUAACAAAGACCCCCCCCCCCUCAGAACCGCUGUUGAUAAUCAUUUUUCUUAUAUCUUUUACGAAUGUGUUUUGACUGCCAUGUAGUCCACUGUUAUAUUUGUUGUUAAAUGCAUUGGUGAAAAGUGAGAAAAUACUUUUCUUGUGUUCAUCUUUCUUACCUGCAUUUUUUAUGAUGCAUUAAAAUGCAAAAAAAUGUAGAGCUCUUUCUUUGUAUAAUGCUCUUUUUCGAAUUUUCUUCUCUCGCUCAAAAUAGGCAGUUUGUAAAUUUUUAAGAAUAAAUGUAGAUUAAUUUCUUCAGAUUAAGAUGUUAAUGUUGCAUUUAUUCUUAUGGAAUUAUUUGUUAAUUGUUAUUCAUGGUUGGCUUGGGCUUUCUUCAACUUUUCUUAUGGCUUUGUUUGUAUUGUAAUGCUAAGGAAAAAAAUUGUAAAUUCAAAAAAUAAAUAAAUUUUGUGAUUUA